GUUGUGACGCAGGUAUUAAUCCUCUUUACUGUCAGUUUGAUCUCGCCAUUUGGCUGCCAUGACGCGAGUGGAAACGCGAUGUCCACCGCAAGCAAUAUCAUUCAAACCGCAACGUGCAAAUUUGUAUCGGUUCCUUUCAGUGCUAGCCAUCGCAUCGGUAGUCGCUGUAGGUUACUUUGUUUUUGAAAGACCCCUAGAUUAUUUAGACGAUCCCUCGGACCAAUACGUCGUGAAGAAUAUACCGAAAGUUUACACAAAGUUAGAAGGUGUGGAUCCCGAAGAGAGGGAAGUGUUUCAAGGUUUCAGAACCUCGUUUCUCCCGCCUGAAGAGAUUGUGCUGGCACGCAAUAAUCCUAACAGAGAAAUUUACGAAGGGAACGUGACAAGUGACAUUUUAAUAUGGGGCACUGUAGAUCCACAGCAUGGUACUCCAACAAGAGUCAAACGACGAAGUCACUUUACUUUUACUUCCCAAGACUAUGACUCUUCAGUCAAUUCUCAUAACCUUAAAAAACACCAAGAACCUGAUGAAGAUGAUGAAGACAUUGAUAUUGAAGGUGACGAAGAAGAAUACAAUGUGUCAGACACCACUUACGAGGAUAAUGACAGCGAAGAUGAAUCUUUAGAAAGUAUAGGACAAACAGAGAGCCAUGUAGACCGUGGUCCCUUUGAUGAUGUUGUGGAUCAAAUAAGAGGACAACCGGAACUAGAGGAAGAAGAAAUGGGCAUAUCAGUUAACGUGUACAAGCCAACUAAAUCAUAUACUGGUAUUCAUGCAUUUUGGAAAGGUCAGGGUGACAGAGAAACGAUAAGGAAUACUCAGGCUAAUAUAAUGCGACAAUAUAUGGAUGCAGAAGCAGAUCCUUGUCACGACUUCUAUCAAUACGCCUGUGGAAACUGGGCCACUUUAAACCCUAUACCUGCGGACAAAGCGGGCUACGACACAUUUGAAAUGCUAAGAGAAAACUUAGAUACAGUAUUAAAAGAACUGUUAGAGUUUAAAGAUGAUCAAAAAAUUCAAAGCAUUUAUCCAGGUUCGCAAUUGGAUUUGGAUGAUGACUUCCUAAAGAAUAUUUUACCUAAAAUAAAGCAUACAGAGGAAAAAAACUUAGAUAACUUAUUAGUAGAUAUUAUUAAAACGAAUUCAAGAGAAAUUAUCAAUAAUACAGCAGCAGCAGAACUUAGAUACGAUUUAGCCAUAAAAGAAAAUAAGUCAGAGAUUAUAAAUCGCAUUCGCCGAUACUUAGAUAUUAAAUCAAAGCAACUAAUGAAACCAAUGAAAAAGAUUAAACACAAACUACAUGAAUAUUUGAAAAGAAACAGAAAGAAGGAGAGAGUAAAGAGAGAUAACCACAAGACAAUAGAACUUUUACAGAACAGGAAACAAAUAAUUGUUAAUCAAUUAAAAACAAAGCGUAAACAAAUAAAGAACAAGAAAAAUCUUUUAAUGCCUAGGAAUUACUUACAUAAUAAACAAUUUAAACGGGAAGCUUUUAUUCAUACAGAAACGUCAAUAAAAUCAGAUCAUAGUAAAGAUUUAUCUGAUGGUGAUGCUACAAUAAAAGCUCAAUUUCUAUUCAAAUCUUGUAUGAACUACGAUAUACUACAAAAACGUGGUCACAGACCGCUUUUAGAUCUGCUAGACAUAUUAGGGGGAUGGCCUAUCCUAAAUCUACAAUGGAAUUCAAGCAACUUUGACUGGCAGGAGCUAAUGGCAAAAUUGAGAUUGUUUAAUAACGAUAUUCUUAUUUCGGAAUGGGUUGGCCCAGAUAUCAAAAAUUCGGAGGAAUUCGUCAUACAAUUUGAUCAAACUAGUCUAGGAUUACCUACAAGAGAUUACUUCCUUCAAGAUGCCAACAAACCUUACUUAGAUGCAUAUAAAACUUAUCUCAUAAAAGUAGCUUUACUUCUGGGUGGAAACCCUGACUAUGUAAAAAUUUGUGCCGAAGAACUGAUUGGAUUUGAAAUAAAACUUGCAAAGAUUACUUCUGCUCCAGAAGACAGGAGGAACGUUUCGGAACUAUACAAACGCAUGCCCCUUCAUACACUGGAAGAGUUAGUUCCACAAGUGAAAUGGCGAAAAUAUCUUUCCAUAGUAAUGAAUCGUACUAUACAAUCUGACGAGACAGUGGUAUUAUUUGCACUGAGCUAUGUUCGUCAUUUGGUCCAACUGAUAAAACAUACACCGCCGCAUAUUUUGUCCAAUUAUUUGUUAUGGCGCUUUGUAAGGCAUCGUGUUAACAAUCUCGACGAUCGCUUUCAAUCAGCCAAGCAGCAAUUCUAUUUUAUUUUAUUUGGACGAGAACAAGCCCCGCCUAGAUGGAAGAACUGCAUAUCGCAAGUGAAUUCUAACAUGGGGAUGGCAUUGGGUUCAAUGUUUGUCAGAAAUUAUUUCGAUGAAAUGAGUAAAAAUGACACCCUCACCAUGACAAGAGAGAUACAGCAGUCGUUCAGGGAAUUACUACAUUUGACAGAUUGGAUAGACGAUAAGACUAAAAAAUUAGCGGCUUUGAAGGUAGACGCUAUGAUGCUUCGUAUAGGAUACCCCAAUUUCAUUUUGAACAAGCAGGAAUUGGAUGAUAGGUAUAAAGAAGUGAAGAUACACCCUGAUAAGUAUUUUGAAAAUAUAUUAAACAUUCUCCAGCACUUAACAAAAAUCGAGCAAUCUCGUAUUGGACAGCCGGUAAACAAAACUUUAUGGAACACAGCACCAGCGGUCGUGAACGCCUACUACAGUCGCAAUAAGAAUCAGAUCAUGUUUCCCGCCGGGAUCCUGCAACCGCCGUUCUACCACAGACAUUUCCCACGGUCUCUCAACUAUGGCGGCAUUGGGGUUGUCAUUGGUCACGAGAUUACCCACGGAUUCGAUGAUAAAGGUCGCCUGUUCGACUGCGACGGCAACCUGCAUCGCUGGUGGUCGGACACCGCCAUCGAAGCCUUCCACAGGAGAGCUCAGUGUCUGAUCGAUCAAUACGGCCAGUAUGUGGUGCCAGAGGUUAACAUGAAACUGGACGGAGUCAGUACUCAGGGCGAGAACAUAGCUGACAACGGCGGCGUGAAGCAGGCAUUUCGGGCAUACUUGCACUGGUUGCAAAAGCACGGUGCUGAAGGAGAAACGCUACCGGGCCUAAACCACACGCAUACUCAACUCUUCUUCCUUAAUUUUGCACAGGUUUGGUGUGGUGCCAUGCGUCCAGAGGCGAUGCGUAACAAACUGAAGACUGCCGUCCACUCCCCGGGAAGAUUCCGCGUCAUAGGAACCCUGUCCAACUCCCAUGACUUCGCCAGGGAGUUCCAGUGCCCUCCAGGCUCUCCAAUGAACCCCAUACAUAAAUGCACAGUGUGGUAACACAACAAAGAAAAAUAUCUGUAAAGCUUUAACAAUACCCUAAGUAUGAAGGCAGUUUUAGAAGGGGUUACUCAUUCCAAAGAGUCAAGUUGGUGCUGACCCGAUACUGACAGUGUAAAUUGAUUUGGAGACAGUACAGUGCCAACAGUAAAGACAGAAACAGACUUAUGAAACGCGACGCCACGCCAUCGCCAUGCGUAUUUUCUAUGGCGCAUCGCGUUUUUAAUGUGAUUCUAAUCAUAGAAAAUAGUAUAUUUUGUUUUGACUCAACACGCGUGGCGUGGCGUGAGGUUGCGUCGCAUUGGGUGGCGUCGCGUUUUUAUAAGUCUGUUCCUGUCUUAAACCACUGCGAAUCAGUCCUCGUACGCCGGUACUGACCGAUUUGGAGUCAGUAGUUAACUGACCGUUGAAUUUAAAACUGAUUAGACCACCAAAUGAUUUAUGAUGCGACAAUAAAAAAAGAUUUUUUUCGCUGCACACAAAAGAGGGCCAUAAAAUAACUUCAUCCACCUACAAAUUAAUAAUCAUAGUAGUUUAGAUAAAAUCAAACCAAAAUAAAAACCAAAGUUCAAUUGUGAUAUGGAUAUAAACUUUUAUAAGGUAGACUUAAUUUUUGUAUAGAUUUUAUCUUAGAUUUAUAAGUAUUUUAUAUUGGUUUCUUCUUAAGUCUUUAAUUAAACUAUUAAUUUAUCUUUAGAAUCACUUUUAUUUAUUUAUUCAUAGGCACAAGAUUCGUGGAUUUGUGUGCGAAUAUCGUCAGCAAAAGAAACUCUAUUCAUUGUUACUCCAUUAUGUUAACAGAGUAUUAUUAAUACUUUAAAAGGUUUUAAAUUGAAUAAUAAAAAUUGGGACGACCCAAAUGCUUGUGGAUAUAAUGUCAAUUGUAUACGUAUACGAGCGAGAACUUUCAAACAAAACUGUUACGCACAAUUGACGAAUGUGCGUAAUUUUGCUUCCGACACUUUUUGACCGAGAUUGUGAGUACUUGUUUUUAUAUGUAGCUAGGCCACUGCCUAUCUGCACCUAGACAUUCUAAUACACGUAGUUGCGAACUUCAACGCUCUGUACAUCGUCGUUGCUCCAUAAAGUCUCCACUUCGUACUGGGCAUCCCUCACCGAGUUGAUGUGGUCCCUGCGCUCCCAGCGUGUACGAACCAGCCGAGCGAUCUCCAGCCACAUCCGAGCUUCUAGUACUGAAGGAGAAAAGAGCGGGACAUUAACUGCUAGCCUUUUUUGUAUGGACUUGAUCGGAUUCGCGGAUUCUCAUUUCGUCUCCACUACUGAGGCUGGGGCCACACUAACGGGAAAUUGAUAAAAUAUGUACUCAAAUCGCGUACUGUAGCUUAACGGUCUGGGCCCUAAACGUUCAUAAUCGCGACAAUUAAUGGCAUUUCCCGUUGGUAUGGCCUCAGCAUGUGUCAUCAGCAUAGCACCUUCCAAUCCGCACAUGGCCUAUGAUGGCCUAAUCUCCCUAUUCCAUCAAUCCGAAAGGCCUGUGCGCCAGUAGUGGAGACAAUAAUAGGCUGAUGAAUAUAAAAAGCAUGAAAUUCUGUAUGGAUAUAAUUUAUCCCCCACUGAGUAGGUAUUUAGUAUAUCACCAUGCGAAAAUAAG